ACACCCACCACUGACUUGCUUAAAUCAUCCACACCAUCACCUGAGAACUGAUAACAAUGGCGUCGAGAUUCUCUACUAAAAUCCCUUCCCUCUCUGCAAUUUUCUCGAUCUACACAUCUCUCUCCGCCUUCACGAUGCUCUUCAAAACCAUUCUCCGUGAGAUCAUUCCCACCAAGAUCCGUGACUUCAUCGUCUCCAAAUUCAAAGACUACUUCUCUUCUUAUUUCAACCCCAAUUUCACGUUCAUCAUCGAAGAAAAGAGCGACCUCGUCCCGAAUCAGAUUUUCCGUGCUGCCCAAGUCUACUUGCCGACCCUUCUCACAAGAAUCUCCACCGGGAGUCUCCUCGUCAGUUCCAGAAACCUCAAUAAUCCGAUUGCUAAACCCAAAUUUGGAAUACCCGUAAAAGCCAAAAUCACCGAUGAAUUCGAAGGGAUUCCUCUUGAAUGGACUCUUCACUCGGAGAAAGACACUGACACUAAUCCUUUCCAGAAGAGUAAACAGAUACGGUACUUUCAUUUGACGUGUAAAAAGGAUUUUAGAGACAAGAUUAUGUCGGAUUACUUCUCAUAUAUUGCCAAGUCAUCGGUGAAGAUAUUGGCACACAGAGAUAAUCUAAAAAUCUACACCUACAAUUCAAACCGUCACGAAUGGCAAUCAGCAAUUUUUCAACAUCACACGACAUUUGAAACCCUAGCAAUGGAACCUGAGCUCAAGAAUACAUUGAUCCGUGACCUAGACGCUUUCUCCAGUGGGAAAGACUUCUUCAAAACCGUAGGACGAGCUUGGAAACGUGGUUAUCUUCUUUACGGUCCACCUGGAACCGGGAAAUCGUCGCUUGUUGCUGCAAUUGCUAACUACAUGAACUUUAAUGUCUAUGAUCUUCAGAUUCAGAGUGUUGAAGAUGAUGAAAUGCUUAGACAGAUUCUCACUAUGACUCAGAACCGUUCCAUUCUUCUCGUAGAAGAUCUUGAUUGUGCUGGAGCGGAUGCUAGAAACGAGGAUAAAGAAGAUAACGAGAAUAUUCAGGAUAUGAAUAAGAAGAAGAAGAAGAAGAAGAAGAAGGAUCCCCAGGUUCCAUGGAGUGUAACUUUGUCUGGUCUACUUAACUUUGUUGACGGAUUAUGGUCAAGCUGUGUAGAGGAACGGAUCAUAAUAUUCACCACGAAUCACAAGGAGAAACUCGAUCCAGCAUUGUUGAGACCAGGAAGGAUGGAUGUUCAUAUUCUCAUGGACUACUGUACGCCUGCCGUUUUCAAGAAACUCGCCGCAUUGUAUCUCAACAUCGAAGAACACUUUUUGGUUGAGCGUAUUGGGAAUAUGUUACUUGAGGUGAAAGCAACUCCAGCUGAAAUCACAGAGCAGCUUAUGGUGAGCAAGAACCCGGAAGUUGCGCUUAAGGGUAUUGUUGAGUUUCUUAUAAGCAAAAAUUGACCAAGGAGAGUGUUGAUUCUGAAAUCAAAGAGGCAGAAGCAUGAAGCUUCAAGGAUCCAGUGAAGUAGUUUACCACUAAUUAUGUAGUAAUUAAAUAACUCUUUGUCUCAAUUUCAUUUGGGAUUUAGUAGGACUGAUGGAUAUGGAUCCAUCAUCCAUGGAAGUAAUCUAGUACGUAUGUAGUUACUUAAUAAUAAUCAUGCAUAGGCCUCGUUGCCUCUGACUUACAAAGCUUGUUAUGUCAAGAAAUGUCAUAUGUGUUGUCUUUA